UUUCACAUUACCUGUUCAGCUACCUCCUAACAGUGAACACAAAACACGUUCUUCAUAUUGCUUAGAAUUAUUAUGGUAGCUACUUAAGAACGCAACCCGGAGAUGGCACUUGCCACAGACUAAUUAUCAGAAGCUGUCUUGAAACCGUCACUUCAAAUUUGACUGUUGUUGAACAUUGUUCCAUACCGUACGACGAAAACCAAAAAGUGGGAGCGAUAUUUUAAUUCUGCAACUAGAAGACCCAACAAAUACCCUCAAAAUGAUGCAACCGCAGAUCUUACUUUUGAAAGAAGGAACAGAUACCUCGCAAGGUAAACCUCAACUUAUAUCCAACAUAAACGCCUGCCAGAAUGUAGUGGAUGCUGUAAGAACCACUUUGGGGCCUCGAGGCAUGGAUAAGUUGAUCGUAGCCGGACAAGGCAAUGCGACGAUUUCAAACGAUGGGGCGACCAUUAUGAAGUUGCUGGAUAUUGUUCACCCAGCUGCAAAGACACUGGUGGAUAUUGCUAAGUCACAGGAUGCAGAGGUUGGGGAUGGAACUACUAGUGUCGUUUUGUUGGCAGGAGAGUUUCUGAAACAGUUGAAGCCUUUUGUGGAGGAAGGGGUAAGUGUACCUUUUUAGUUUGACUGUCUGAGUUGUGGACAUAUUUGUUUGAAAUUGAUUGUAUGGUGUAUCAGUUACAAAAACUGCAAUAGUGUUGCAAAAUUGGGUAUUUUAAGUGAAUAUUUACCUGAAAGUACAAAAAUUGCAAAAUGGGUAUAGAGGUUCACCCCAGAAUUAUAAUAAAGGCAGUUCGAAAAUCCCUGCAAAUCUGCAUCGAUAAAAUCAGUGAACUCUCAGUGAAGAUCAAUAAAGCCAAUGCUGGAGAAUUCAGAUCUCUUUUAGAAAAAUGUGCAGCUACAGCUUUAAGCUCUAAGCUAAUCAAUCAACAGAGGGCAUUCUUCUCAAAAAUGGUGGUAGAUGCUGUGCUAUUAUUGGAUGAACUGCUGCCCUUGAACAUGAUUGGUAUUAAGAAGGUACAGGGUGGCGCUUUGGAAGAAUCCAUCUUGGUUGCAGGUGUUGCCUUCAAGAAGACAUUCUCCUAUGCUGGAUUUGAGAUGCAACCUAAGGUGUACAAAAACGCCAAAAUCGCGCUCCUAAACAUUGAACUUGAGUUGAAAGCAGAAAGAGACAAUGCUGAAGUGAGAGUUGAUAAUGUCAAAGAAUAUCAGAAGAUUGUUGAUGCAGAAUGGAACAUCCUGUACAACAAACUGCAGAAGAUCCAUGAGUCUGGUGCUAAUGUAGUGCUUUCAAAAUUGCCUAUUGGAGAUGUAGCCACCCAAUACUUUGCUGACAGAGACAUGUUCUGCGCGGGCCGUGUAACAGAUGAAGACCUGAAACGUACCCUGAAAGCAUGUGGUGGUGCUAUCUUGACAACUGUGCAUGAAAUAAACGACUCUGUACUAGGCAAAUGUGAGCUCUUUGAAGAGAAGCAGAUUGGCGGCGAAAGGUACAAUUUCUUCAAAGGCUGUCCCAAUGCUAAAACUUGUACUAUGAUCCUGAGAGGUGGUGCUGAACAAUUUUUAGAAGAGACUGAGAGGUCUUUGCAUGAUGCUAUUAUGAUUGUGCGUAGAACGAUAAAGAAUGACGCAGUCGUGGCAGGAGGCGGUGCCAUCGAAAUGGAACUGUCAAAAACGUUGCGCGAUCAUGCUCGAACGAUUGCAGGCAAGGAACAACUGCUUAUCGUUGCUAUAGCCAAGGCUUUGGAAAUAAUCCCGAGGCAGUUGUGCGACAACGCUGGAUUUGACGCCACUAAUAUCCUCAACAAAUUGAGGCAGAGGCAUGCCAAGGGCAGUGUGUGGUAUGGAGUUGAUAUCAACAAUGAAGAUAUCGCUGACAACUUCGACGCAUGUGUAUGGGAACCAGCGGUAGUUAAAGUGAACGCCUUGUCAGCAGCAACUGAAGCAACGUGUUUGAUCCUGUCUGUGGAUGAAACUAUUAAAAAUCAGAAGUCCUCGCAGGAGGGACCACCUGCUGGACGAGGAAUGGGCAGGCCCAUGUAAUCUCAUUCAGUUCGCACGUUAGAAUUUUAUUUCCGACAUUAUGUGGAUCGUAUUAUAAUCACAUUCGAUUCAUUUUUUUCUAUGUUCACCAUUAACCGUUUUAUAAAGUAAUAUUAAUAAAGCUUUUCGACUUAAUAAUU